GGCGGGGACCGGUUGUCCGGAGCUCCGGUUGUCCGGCCUUCCCGGCGACGCGGGUCCUGCCAUGGCUCAUCAUGCCGGCUUCGGGGGCCAAGGCUCCAAGCACCGGACCCGCGCCGCCCCAGACCCAACCCCUCUGUUCGAUGACACCAGCGGGGGCUACCCGGCCCAGCCCGGAGGUUACCCGCCCCAGGGCGCCGAUGUGGCCUUCAACGUCAACCACCUGCUCGGGGACCCCAUGGCCAACGUGGCCAUGGCCUACGGCAGCUCCAUCGCCUCCCAGGGCAAGGACAUCGUGCACAAGGAGCUCCAUCGCUUUGUCUCCGUGAACAAGCUCAAGUAUUUCUUCGCCGUGGACACCACCUACGUAGCCAAGAAGCUGGGGCUGCUGGUCUUCCCCUACACACACCAGAACUGGGAAGUCCAAUACAGCCGGGAUGUGCCCCUCCCCCCGCGACAGGACGUCAACGCCCCUGACCUGUACAUCCCCACCAUGGCCUUCAUCACCUACAUUCUCCUGGCCGGGAUGGCCCUGGGAAUUCAGAAGAGGUUCUCCCCGGAGGUGCUGGGUCUCUGUGCCAGCUCGGCGCUGGUCUGGGUGGUGAUCGAGGUGCUGGCUCUGCUCCUGGGGCUCUACCUGGCCACCGUGCGCAACGACCUCAGCACUUUCCACCUGCUCGCCUUCAGCGGCUACAAAUAUGUGGGGAUGAUCCUGAGCGUCAUCACGGGCCUGCUCUUUGGCAGCGAUGGCUACUAUGUCGCCCUGGCCUGGACCUCUUCGGCCCUCAUGUACUUCAUUGUGCGCUCGCUGAGGAUGACGUCACUGGGCCCGGAGAGCCUGGGGGGCUCGGGCUCCCGCCAGCGCCUGCAGCUCUACCUGACCCUGAGCGCCGCCGUCUUCCAGCCCCUGAUCAUCUACUGGCUGACCUUUCACCUCGUCCGGUGACCGGCCCCUCCGCUCAGGGCUGACUUUUGUUCUCCGUGUAUUGAAGCUUUUAUUUCCUCCA